AUGAAGAUUAUCGAUGAUGAACAUGUCCUUCGGGAAGGAUUCCACCAUUUCGAAGAAGCCGACAUCAGUGGAUACGAUGUAAUUCUGGGUAUGCCAUGGUUGCAAGCUGCGAACCCCGACAUUGACUGGGUGCACCUAGAUACCGCUAAGGAAUUUGCAACUUUAAUGGACAACAGCAACAUUAUAUUCGCCGCCUUUCCAUUGCGAGCUGCGCACGCAGCGACUGAGCCAAAUAUCCCGGAUGAUUAUAAGGAUUAUCUUGAUGUAUUCCGAGAAGAUAUACCUGACGCGGAACACGCACCCCACGAUCAUGCCAUAGAUCUCAAACCUGGCAAGGAACCACCGUACCGACCGAUAUAUAACCUGUCACCUCAAGAACUCUCCGUCCUCCGAGAAUAUAUUGAAAAGGCAUUAGAGAAGAAUUGGAUACGCCCGUCCAAGAGCCCAGCCGGUGCCCCAGUAUUAUUCGCACCGAAGAAAGACGGAACCCUGCGUCUUUGCGUAGAUUAUCGAGGGUUGAACGAAAUAACAGUCAAGAAUCGGUAUCCGCUGCCCCUGAUAAGUGAAAUACUCGAUAGAAUUCGCAUACGAGCGGGGGAUGAGUGGAAAACGGCGUUUCGAACACGAUACGGACACUUUGAGUAUCUGGUUUUGCCCUUUGGGCUAACCAACGCCCCUGCGACUUUCCAAUCUUAUAUCAACAAAGCCCUCAGUGAUAUUUUGGAUGUAUAUUGCGUGGCUUAUCUUGACGAUAUCGUAAUCUAUUCGAAUACGCUUGACGAACACGUCGCCCAUGUUAAGAAUGUGCUGGAACGUUUAAGGCGAUGGAGACUAUAUGUGAAACUUAUUCUCGAUAAUAACGGCACCCCUGACUGA